AUGUCUCUUCUCGAUGUCAAAUCUCUAAUCGCAGGCCGUGAUGGCGACCUGUUGAUCGAACUGGGAAACUUACCAAAUGACCGACCAAAACCUAAACCAUCAGACAUACAGAGCUCACGAGAGUCUCGCAUGGCAGGUUCGACCGAAGAGCGCAGGGAGGAAGAUCCGAAUGAAGACCUAUUCCGCAGCCCGAGCUAUCUCGUCUACGAAGCCAUCGUGGGCCCGGCAUUCGAGUUUUUCGUACAAGCACAGCAAGUCGUCCGACGAAUUGUCUGCAUUGAUUUACAUCAUCGCAGCCGCGGGACACUAAGCGAUGAAUUCGAAGUUCUCCAGAUUGCGCACAAAGUUGGUGCGGAUCUGGAGACACUUUGGCACCGACGGCCUUCCGUAAUCGACAUCUACGGACAACCAGAAGCCCUGCACGAUACACUCUGUGCACCAGUUGCUCUCGAGGUCUGCCGCACAUUCCGACAAUAUGUUGCGAAUUUUCUAGCAAAUUUCAUCUACCUCCACCGAGUCGCAUUUGCAAUUUACCCUCGCACAGAUCGUGUGAACGGCGCCGUCGACAAAAUCAUACAGCUAGCCACCAUCGAAUCUGCCGGCUCUUUACCGGGCCACCUCCCAGUCAGUUUCAUGUGGCCAAUAUUUGUGGCCGGCCUCGAAGGCUCGCACGACCAGCGUCAAUGGAUUGUGCAGGAAAUGCAGCGGAUGGCAGCUGCGCGUGAAAAUGAACCCGCCACUUCGAUUGCCCGACAUCCAUCCGCUGACAAAGUCCUUCUUUUGUUAGAAGAGAUGACUCGCAGACAGGAUGUGUCGAGGUCAUGGGCCGACUCGCGAUGCGUGCGACGAGAACUUUUCUCGAACCCUUUCGUCAUGAUUUGA